GAGUCGGGACGACUAUGUUAUUAUUAUUUUAUUUUUCUGGGCCAGCCCAGCCAGUGUAGUGUGCGCGGGCGAUCCCAUAUUGCCCUGCGAGCCGCUCGCCGUUUCCCCGCUUUUCCCUCCGGAGCGAAGACCUCGUUGAGAAGCCGGGUCGGUCGCUCGCUCGCUCGGGCUUUCGGUGAGCGCGCUCUCGCCGCUCGUGGUGUUGGUGGUAGUGGUAGCGGGAGAAACGCCUCGCACGCGCAGCCAAGCGACAGCCGUCAAUGGCAGACGCCUUCCGAGCAGCCGCCGACACCACAACCGCCGGACCCAGCGGAGCACUCCUUGCCGGUCGCUGGUCUGUCACAUCACCGUCCCGACAUGAAGGUAAUUGGCGCCUUCUCCGGAAAUCCCCCUGAAACGACGGAGCAACGCUGUCUUUCCCAGGCGGAGACGCCUUCGCUGCCGCGGCCGUGGCUGCGUGAGUCCGCAUGGCCGGCCUGAUGACGUCAGCCGGCGAGGACGCGAUGACGUCGUCAGACGGCAACGUCAGCAGCACCAGCAGCGGUAGCAGCAGCGGCAGCGCCGCAGGCAACAACGAGACGCCCUGGGCUGACCUCUGGUGGAAGGAGCGGGUGCAGGUGGCGUCUCCGGACUGGGCCGAGCUGCGGCAGCGCGUGCAGUGGCUGUGGCCCGUACACGCGUACGGCCUGGCCUGCCUCUUUCUCGGGCUGGCCGUCACCGCCUUCCUGACGGCGCUCGGCCUGCGGGCCAGGCUGUCGGCGAGGCCGCACCUCUCCACCCUCAACGUCUUCCUGAUGGUGCUCGGCCUGACGCGCUGCUUGUGCCUGUUCCUCGACCCGUACGGUUCCAGGCAGCUGAUGCCUAGCGUGAUGUUGGCCAUGCUGUGGGACCUGGCCUUCCCGUGCCUGCUGUCGGCCUUCUCGCUGCUCCAGCUGGCCUUCGUGCAGCUCACGCAGGCCAAGCCCAGUCCCGCACGCGUCGGUGACGAGACGUGCGUCUCGCUCGUCGUCGUCUUUCACUUCUGCCUCGCCAUCGCCUCGGACCUCUUCUGGGCCAUGCAGAACUCGUUCAGGGUGGUGUGGCUGUUCACACAGCUCUCCUUUACUGCCUGGGGCCUGUUCCUGUGUUCGUCGUGCGUCUGCUCCUGCCUGCGGCUGCAGCAGUCCAUCUCCCAGCUGCCCAUGCUGCUGUUCCUGCCUCCGCAAGGGCCCGGAGACGUCGCCACCGACGUCGCGGCAUCUUCCGCCUGCUACGACAACAAGGGCAUCAUGGCGCUGGGAACGCUCGAAAGGUCCGGCAGCGGCGCGGCCGGUCGCUCCAUGCCCCGCAGUUACACGGCCAGCGGCGUGCCCAUGCGCGGGGCGUGGGAGGAGGCGCUGGCGCCCAGGAUCCGGGUCACGGACGAGCACCAGCGCACCGUCAGCCUGAGCAGCGCCCAGGGCACCGGGGGAAGACCUUCGUCGCCUUCCAAUGGGCACAGGACCGCCAGUUCUUCGUCGUCGACAGAAGGUCCGGAACCAGACCCGGAGCCGGAACCUGACGCGGGACCUGAUUUACCGAAGAGCUCCGGUGGCCUACGCUCGCAAACUUCGCUUCCUCUCUGCCCGUCGCAGCUCACUCGCGAACAGCAGCAGCCGCUCAUGUCCAAGCUCGAUGUGGAGUUCGGAGUCACUGAACAGCAGCCCUCAGCCGUACAACGGGACCAGAAGCGGAGGCAGACCCUGCCGAGAACGAGCCAUUCCGCUCGGUCCUGGACCCGUUCCAGAGAAACCGCCGGUUCUCUACUGCUGACGACGGCGUACGGCAGGGGCCAGCCUCAACCGCAGAAGAAGCGCAGCCGCGUGGAGCGGCUGCUGCGCCAGACGCUGCUGGCCGCCGUGCUGGGCAUCGUGCUGUGCUGCCUGCAGGGAUACGGCGUGGCCGGGCCGCACGGCAUGUUCGCCGCCACGCCCAGGGCCGCCGCGGUGCUACCCUGGUUCGCCUACCACACGCUGCACAGGUGCCUGGAGCUCGCCAUGGCCUGCACCAUGGCCAGCGUGACCAGGAAGUCGCUCUACAGCAAUUGCUACCGGUCACACAGCUGCAACGAAAAGUACCGGGGCUCCCUCUUCUCUUGAGCGCUCGGACGACCCGGUCACUUUUUGUCUUCGCCAAAAAAAGAAACACACCCUGCGCACGGGAGGCGUGUCGACGGCUUUUGGCAAGACGCUGCCAGCAAUGUCCCGUGCACUGCUGCAACGCCAUACUGCAGCACGCGCAGCCAAAGCGACGCCACCCGUCAACGGCACGCACGCCAGUAGCCCGUCCGGAGCGCACGAGCACGCGCGCUCGCCUGCAGUGCUAAUACUCAUCGGUGCCAUCUUACAUCUUCUCUGCCAGGGCGAAGGACGCAUUUGUGCCAUCGUCCUACGUAUAGACACUGGUUAAGACACGCCCGCGGGCGUCCUGUCGGCCCGCGUCGGCCGCCAUCUUAAGAUUCGCGGGUACGCGUGUGUGGUUGGUCCAGGCUGGCCGCCAUUUUAAGGUUUGUGUGUACGCGUGUGUGAUUGGUCCGCGCUGGCCGCCAUAUAGUUAUAAUGUUCGUGCCUACGCGCGCGCGUGUGUGUGUGUGUCGUGUGUGUGUCGUGCGUUAAAGAUGUGAGAAUGCACCAACCCCCUUCGUAUCGGUCGGAGGCUGCGUCGGAGACAGUUGUUUCGCUGCCUGCUUGGGGAAGUGCAGCAUUGCUUGUUCACGUCUGGCAUUGUCAGCUUCGUGGCGGCGCGUUGUGACGUCAUGGGAGCGGCGCUGCAACACGGCGACCUGCAUUCACAGGGGCGUCCGUGCCGAUAACACCUAUAGGGGUUAGCUUAUUUGACGUUACUGACACGGCUGACCUGUCACGACGGCCAAAAAAGAAAAGAACGUAGUCCCAGGUUCGACGAAACGAAGGAUUGUCUGGCGACGUGGAAAAGAAACCACGUUAGCGCAACUUAGCGAAACUUUCCCCUCGCCCCCGUGUGCAGCCCCGCGAUCUCGCCAGUUCCUCGGAUUAUGUUCCGUAACAAUUAGUUCCAGCCCGAAUGAAACGGAAAGCAGGCGUUACUGCAACUACACGUGGGAAAUCCUAAUAUAAAUGCUUUGUGUUCAUACUUCGCGACUAACGUAUCGCGCGAUGUACAUCCAGAAGGGUGGAAAAGGGGUCCGUCUUGUCUCUUGACGUCAACCAAGGCACCCACCAUCCAACAGCAGCUCUCACUUAACGAAGUUGUCCGAGCAGGGCCGGAGACUGCGGACGUUUGCAGCGCUAUAGUAAGCGGUCGUGCAUUAUAUUUUACUGUACCGCUUGUUGUUUGCUGUCUGAACAGGACGACCAUAGACGACAGACAGGCGCCACGGCUAAGUGGCACGCUCGAUUAAGGUCGGCGGUAAUGAAAGCGUUGGUCAGGCAGUCGGUUACUGGCCGGAAGCAGUGGCUUUGUAAUGGGAUGUUUUAAAGGUACAUCUACCUAUAAACACAAAAUUGGUUUUGUACUGAUGGAGUACAAUAUACUUCCAAUACUUGAUUCGGAUUUCCUUGUCGAUUAUUGACUCCCAAACAACGAAGGCCAAGCUUCGCUUUUUUGAAUUUCGCGCCGAAACCGUCGCGCCCGUGACGUCUGUGCGACGCCAUGUUCGAAUAUUUGCGCAGUUCUAGCGCAGGAAAAGUUGUCCACAUCUCCCCAAGCUUUUGAAACGAUGGCAAUCGAGCUGAUGCUGUCCAAAUCCGUGACGUCACAGGAAGCUGGUGCUGGUUUUUCGAAGAGGCGUCGCCACCCUUCUAUUUUGCUUUUGCGUCCCUUGCUUUGCAGUGUCCUUCCUUGCACAGCAAGAACGGCCUACUUGAUAUUCCUGACGCGUGCUCUAGCAACACUUCGCAAUGUCUCUCUUCUGCAUCCUUUUAAGCCUCGUGUGUACUCGUUAUGAAGCACAGGACAAUAUAUUUUGGCCAGAUUUGUUUGUGCAUGACACAAGAAAUGAGCUUUCUUGAACGCCGUGCGUCGUUGCGCAGCAAGCCAUAUCACCUAACUAGCUUCCUCUAGGCGUCAAAGUCGGCUCACCGCGAAAGUCUACCGCGGAAAUCGUGAUCAAACGGUAACUGGCGAGUCGACCGCGUUGGCGCAUAUUGACUUUCCAGGUUCUGCAUAAUCGCAACUCGGGCCUCCUCUUCUUCAUCUUCUGCUUCACUAUAGUCUAUCCAGCGGCCGUGGUCUACAACAUAGGGUCAUCGGUUUUUGACUAGUUAACCUAAGUCUCCCUCGCUAAGCACGGUAACGCCAUCGUGGUUGGUGUCCCGAUUGAUGUUAUGUUGGAGAGUGGGCAGAGAGAGAGAGAGAGGCAGUGGGUGGCCGUGCCUCAAGCAGCGAUUUCCCGUCAUCAGACGCCGUUAAUACCGUGGCCCUCCGAGAUACACGCUAUGCGUCGAUAGUGUCGGAGGACAUUCGUUACCGCACAGCCUUUCCCGCCAGGCACUAACUAUAGUGUCCCUGUGUACAGAAACAACAGCACAAAUCAACCCGAGAACCCGAUAUACGCUCGGCACAAGGUCCACCUGCAGACGCUCAGUGCACAAAAAAAAAAAAAAGUGCGGUGCCAAUUCUGCUCACUGUCCAUCUGGCGAGAGGGUGACCAGAAGAAAACUGUAACGUUGUGGCAAGAGAAAGCGUGUGUGGAUGUCUCGAUAGAUAUAACGUAGCGAGUGGAAGUUGCGCAGUUGUGUCGUACGAAAAGUGUGUCCUGCUGCACGUAAUGGUCAUUUAAGCAUUGCGGAUGAUCACGUGUGCAUGCCUGU